AUGACGCCUGGUGUGACGUUGUUCCUCAUCGUUUCACUCUCUGUUUCUCUCCACGGCCACAUCCUGUUCAACGAGGUCCUCAGCGGUCACUUCCCGUUUUCCAACCAGAGCGUUUUCCUACCAGAGCGUUUUCCGGCAGCACAAACGGUGUCAGCUGCUUCAGCAGAAGAACUUACAUUCAACAAAGGUACACGUGUGAUUGGAGGAUGGAGGACUGUGGUACUGGGGGAGGAUGUGGACUUAUCCUGCAGACUGAUAGAGACAGACGAGGAGCUUGAACAGAUAACAUGGCAGAAAAGUACUUUGGAAGAAACACAGAAACUUCAUUUGCUGCUGAUCUAUCCCAAUGGGGUUAUUUCACCGAAUGGAUUGAGUGGUAGAGUCCAGUUUAUUGGGAACCCAUCAGAAAACCUUGGAUCUAUUCGAAUAACUGCUGUCAGACUGCUUGAUGAAGGCACCUUCACAUGUAUCUUCAGUGUUUUCCCCAGUGGAGCAUACAUUACAGAGAUACCUCUGACUGUGCUAGUUCCUCCAGUAGUGAGUGUGACAGUUGAUGUUGCUCCUGUCAUUGGGGAGAAUGAGGUUGUCUUGGCAACCUGCGUGGCUGCUGGUGCCAAGCCACAGGCAGAAGUGAGGUGGAAGACUGGUGCAUUUGGCAGUUUGUUGAGGACAGUGACUAACUUCACACAGCACGCCAACGGAACCACCACAGUACUCAGCCACCUGCUCGGGGUACCAACCAAGGCAGCCAAUCAUCAGCGGGUCCAGUGUGUGGUCAACCAGUCUGCCCUGGCAACAGAGAAGACCUACAACUUCAGCAUAAACAUCCACUAUCCACCUCAGUCAGUGAACAUUACCCUUAGUGAGGCCUCUAAAGCCACAGUCUUCCUUUGUGUAGCAGACAGCAACCCACACCCCAACUACACCUGGAGCCGAGUGGUCCAGCCAUGGCCUGGGUCUUCAGUGAGAGCUGAGGGAGACAAACUGCACCUCCUCAGUCUCAGCUCUGAGCUGAAUGGUCUCUAUGUCUGUCAGGCCUCCAACCCCUACGGGCGAGCCACUGGCUCCCUCAAUGUACACAUAUCCUCCGAGACCUCUGCUGCCUGUUGGGUUCUACUAGUUGUCAUUCUCUGUCUGAUUGUUGCUGCGGCUGCACUCAUAUGGUACCGGUGGAAAUACGGACAGUUUCCUUGGAGUUCAUUCAUGGCCAAGGCACCAGAACAGACUAUAUCAGUAUCUUCCAAGACGAGGAGACAUGACAAGGUUGAGGAAGGUGAAGAUGACUCAUUGACUGCAACUGUCCAAACCAGGAAGGAGCCUCAGGAGGAGGAAGAAGUAUCAUGAUGACAUUGGAAACCUCGACUCCAUCACAGCUUCACCCAGUGCUGGUCCUUGUUUCAGAGUUUUGUUCCCCUCUCGUGGACUCCACCUUGUCAUGGUGAAUGGUCUUUGUUGCUUCAGUGGGAAUAACAACUCUCCUGUAUGUAUAGUAUGUAUGUACAGUAUGUAUGUAUGGUGCUUUCAGAAGUAUUCAUACCCCUUGACUUAUUCCAUAUUUUGUUGUGUUACAGCCUGAAUUUCAAAUGGAUUAAAACAUUUUUUUCUCACUCAUCUACACAUAAUAAACCAUAAUGACAAAGUGAAAACAUAUUUCUUGAAAUGUUUGCAUAUUUAUUGAAAAUGAAAUACAGAAAUAUCUCAUUUACAUAAGGAUUGUGGUGGCAUUUUUCUGCUUUACCAAAUGAGGAGAGUUGCAAACUACACACCAGUCAGAGUUAUACUUAAACUACAUAUUUUUUAAUAAUUAAGCUUUGCAAUAGCCCUUUUUGACUUUCAAUGAUGCGCUAUCUCUAAUGAACCAUUGAGAAGUACCACCAGAAAAGUACAAAGAUCAUUUAUAGCCAAGAUACACCCCUCUCAACUUACAUGAUGAACCACAGAUCUUAGGAACAGUUCACAAAGGUUAAGAUUUGUAUGAAAGAUAUCUAUAAAACACUGCAGACAGUUACUGCUGUGUCAACAGUUCUUAUUGUAAAGACCAGUGUCUGGCCCCCUCCUACUCCAAACUGGAACCCGUCUCACCCUGGUAGGGUAUAGCACAAAAACAUUACCUUUACUAUCUGGAAUGCUCUUUAGGUUUUAUUACCCAAAGACAUUGUAAAUCUCAUAGAGGCCCAUCCUCAGUGGAACUCACACACAAUACUCUAUUCUGUCGAAUGUAACAACUAUUAUAAUGUAAUACAAGCAUUAUAACAAUCCUACAAGCAUUAAAACAUAAUCUUGCAAUUUUCCACGACAGGAUUCACACCCAUAAGUCAAUAGAUGCUAUAAUCACCUUUAGCAGUGUCUUUCUGGGUAAGUCUCAAUUUAACUAAAAACUGUAACUAAGCCACUCCCAAACAUGUAAUGUCGUCUUGGUAAGUAACUCUAAUGUAUAUUUGGUCUUGUGUUUUAGGUUAUUGUUCUGCUUUAAUGGGAAUUUGUCUCCCAGUAUCUGUUGGAAAUCAGACUGAACCAGGGUUUCCUUUAGGACACUGCCUGUGCUUAGCUCUAUUCCAUUUUUUUUUUUUAUGUGGUUCUCAGCGAUGUUUUGUGUUGGAUUUGCCCAUAACAUAAUACUUUGUAUUCAGGACAUAAAGUUAAUUUCUUUUCCCUUUAGGAUGCACAUGAUGAUUAUUUUGGAAUAUUUUUUUCUAGCCACCGUGCUUCUACACCUGCAUUGCUUGCUGUUUGGAGUUUUAGGCUGGGUUUCUGUACAGCACUUUGAGAUAUCAGCUGAUGUACGAAGGUCUAUAUAAAUACAUUUGAUUUGAUUUUGAUUUGAGACAGAAUCAUUUCCAAAUUUCAAUAGCUUUAAUUAAAAUGUAUUUCACAGUAUAAUUUCAAUGUGAUGGUGAAUGCUUACUAAAAAGGUUUACACCAA